AUGCGUUUUGGGUGGCCAAGCUUUCUUACUUUUGGGAAGAAGAAGACAACGAAUAACAUUGGUCCUGUGACUAUUAGGGAGUUAAAUGAAGACAACAAGUUGCUGUUCACCAAAUACAAUGAUAUAAUAGAGAAGGAGAACGAAAAGUUCGUAUCUGAUCCGUAUUUUGAGAAUAACAUAGGCAGAGCCAAGGACUACAACAAGGAUUUGUCUAAGCUAUGGAGUGACUUCUUCGUAGAAUGUCGUGAUGCAGAGAUGGAUGUGAACGGUAUUCCAUCAAUAAUCAGAGACAAUGAUUUGAUGGUGAGCUUGAUAGCCCACCGUUUUAAAGACUAUAAGGAUGUAUGGGAGUACUAUGACAUGAAUGAUGUGAAUAUUGGGGUCUUAUUCAAGGUACUUGAUGAAUUAUAUGGACAGCAGUGUGGAGUAUUACACCCAUUUGCAACUAUUGUAGCAAAUAUGUUAACUGAACAGAAGUACAAGGAUUUAGGUAUAAAAUUCUAUGGAAAACUGGUGGAAUUCGACACAAGGCACCAGGAAAUGAGGGAAGAGAAUAAGGCGUGUUCAAUUUUACACACAUUCGUAUUCAAGGGGGCAGAUGCCAACGAGAUGUUCAUCAGAUACCUCUAUGAGUGUGCUGUGAAAGAUAGUAGCAAAAAUAACAAUAACGUGAUCAGGUUCAAAAAUGCGUAUGAUCUAUUUAUGACUGAAGUGGUAGCAAAAACACCGAUUAAUAAGAAAUUAGAAAAUGGAGUAGAUAUGACUGAAUACACAAUACCAAUCAAGGAGAUAGUGAUAAAAGUGGAGACUGAGAUGUACAAUAUGUUUGAUAUCAACAAGAUCAGGAGCAUUGUUGAUGAACUGCUAUCCAAAACAACGGCAAAGAGUAUACGACGGAUGGCUACAAAGAAAUUCAAAUUGGAAAUUAAGGAUGGGAUGAAGUUCGUCAAAAUGUUCAAUAACAGAUUUCCAGGCUUUCUCAAAUUCAUAUCCCAGUUGACAGUAAACAAGCAGGACAAUACAGUGAAGUUGAAGAAGAUAGAUACCACACUGACGGACUCAGUAACAACACAACCAAUAUCAUACAGUGAAUCAAGCGUACAUGACCAUGGUGAGACGCCUAAAGAGAAAAAGGAGCUUAAAACAGAACUCAAAAUUGCACUAUGGAUGCUCUCGAUAUUCCUGGUGGCUAUGGUUCUGAUUCUAAUUACACUGUUAGUUAGACAUAGGAGAAAUGCUCGUAGCAAGGAACAAGAGCAUGAAUCAGGUGUAUUGAUGCUGAAUGAGUCAGAAUACAAGUUUGUGAAUAAUUUGUAG